AUGGUGCGAAAACUCAAAUAUCACGAGCAGAAACUGCUCAAGAAGGUCGACUUCGUCACAUAUAAGAAGGACGAACACCGAGAUGCCGAUGUUAUCAGACGGUACAUGAUCCAAAAACCAGAGGAUUAUCACAAGUAUAACAGGAUAUGCGGCUCAAUCCGCCAACUAGCCCACCGCCUAUCGCUCCUCCCACCCGACAGCGCAGUCCGGCGCAAGCACGAAGACCUCCUCCUCGACAAGCUGUACGACAUGGGCAUUCUAUCUACCAAGAGCAAGCUGUCCGCCGUCGAGAGGGCAGUCACAGUAUCCGCCUUCGCUCGUCGGCGUCUUCCCGUUGUUAUGACGAGGCUGAGGAUGGCAGAGAAUGUGCAGGCGGCGACGAAGCUCAUCGAGCAAGGUCAUGUUCGCGUGGGAACAGAUACGAUCACGGACCCGGCGUAUUUGGUUACGAGGGGGAUGGAGGAUUUCGUGACAUGGACUGUGGGCAGCAAGAUUAAGAAGACGAUCAUGAAAUAUAGGGAUGAGCUGGAUGAUUUCGAGCUAUUAUAA